UUGUCACUUCAUCAUUUGAUUCGAUAGAACAUGUUCUGCAUACUGACAACAUUUUCUCCAAUAACAUUAAUUCUUUUAAGUGUAGGCAUAUUUAUGCUCAUCACUUAUUUAUGGCAACGAUAUCAACAAUUUAGGAAAAUUUCCAAACAAAUUGAUCAACUUCCCGGGCCUACAGUUUCAUCCAAACUAUUAGGCAAUCUUUCGUUAGUAUGGCAAGUCAGGUCCAAUACUAAUUAUCUUCAACGUGAGUUAAAAAUGGCAAUGAUCUGCGAACAAUUUUUGAAAAUAUUUUUUCGUAUAGAAAUCUUCAACACAUUUGUAGGUAUCACUAAAAUUUACCAACAAAACGGUGAAGGUUUUAUGCGAAUAUGGAUUGGUCCAACACAACCGGUAGUCAUCAUAUUUGAUGCUGAAUGUGCUGAAGGUAUAUUGACCAGUAAUAGUAACAUUGAUAAAUCGCGUGAAUAUGAUUUUGCUAUUCCUUGGUUGGGUCUCGGUUUGUUUACAAGUACUGGCGAUAAAUGGCGUUCGCAUAGGAAAAUGUUGACACCGGCAUUUCAUUUUCGUAUUCUUGAAUCUUUCAUUCCGAUUAUACAAAAACAACAAACAAUCAUGAUGAAAUUGAUAAAAGAAAGAAUUUCUGAUCCAAAAAAUAAUUCAAUCGUUGAUGAUAUCAAACCAUUGAUAACAAAUUGUGCAUUGGAUAUCAUCUGUGAAACGGCCAUGGGUGUAAGUAUCGAUGCUCAAACAGAUUUAACUUCUAAAUACUCAAAAUCCGUACGAAAAGUGUUGGAUCUAUUUACCCAACGUUUAUUAUCACCGUGGCUAUGGAACGAGUUUCUAUUCAAUCUUUCACCAACGGCGCGAGAACAACGGAAAACAAUCAAAUUUCUUCAUGAUUUUACCAACACAGUAAUUCAACGAAAGCGAAAGGAAAUUGUGGAUCGUAUGGCUAAUGGGGGUGGUGAUCUUACCACGACCAUGAAUGAGAUAGGCACAAAACGUGUGCUAGCCUUUCUCGACAGUUUGCUUACACAAAACAUUAGAGAUCCACAAUCAUUGUCGGAUGAAGAUAUUCGUUCCGAAGUAGAUACAUUCAUGAGUGCCGGACAGGAUACAAGCUCGGCAACUGUACAAUUUGCAUUACAAUUGAUUGGUCAUCAUCCAGAAGUUCAGGAAAAAAUCCACGAAGAAUUAGAUGCUAUAUAUGGUGAUGAUCCAGACAGAGAGAUUUUGUUUGAAGAUCUUCGACACAUGAAGUAUUUGGAAAAAUGUAUCAAAGAAACGUUGCGUCUCUUUCCUCCUGUUCUAUUCAUCGCUCGUAACAUUCGUGAGGAAUUUAAAAUCAAAGGUCAAACCCUUCCAAUUGGCACAACUGUCAUGGUCUUGUUUUAUCAACUUCAUCGUGAUCCAAAAUGGUUUCAUAAUCCGGAAAAAUUUGAUCCGGAAAGAUUUUCGGUCGAACAAAUGAACGGAAGAAAUGCAUUUGCCUAUACGCCUUUUUCGGCCGGUCCUCGAAAUUGUAUUGGACAAAGAUUCGCUAUGCAAACUGCUAAAGCUUUGUUGUCUUCGAUACUUCGUAAAUAUCGAAUCGAAUCAAUGGUUCCAAUGGAAAAAAUGGAAUUGGCGUUUGGAUCAACUGUUGGACCGAAAAACAAAAUUACUUUGAAAUUUGAACCGAGAUUUUGACACAUAAAACUUUGUUACCAAUAUGAAAGAUAAUAAUUAGCAAAAUAAAAUGUUGUUUUAUAAACCAUUGCCGGAAA